AUGCUAAAUAAGUAUACUAAGUCAGUGAUGAAGGAGAUGUCCCCCUUCCGGUUGGCACAACUUCCGUUUGACCUGGAUGACCUCAGUCUCAGUCCCAAUGACGUGUAUCAACUAAUGACCCCAAAACAUGCCCCGAGACCCGCACUGCUGGACGAGGACUCCGGACUGGGGAUGGACUCUUUCGAUAAACGCCAGCGACGAGACAGCAAAGGGUCGCCAUUGACCAAGCGCCGGAAACACGUGACUCCCAGCCGGAAGCGCAUUCAGAAAUCUCUGUCUUUCGGGGAAUGCCCCACCCUGGAAUCCCAGUCCACGGCUGAACAGAACGAGGUGGUAGAGUUUAUAGAGCGGGUCUCACAGGAAGAGGACCUGGUUGGCGACGGAAGUACAUCUCAUUCUCUACCCACAAUUCCAGGAAAACAUGCCGAUCUGAAGAGCAUUACAACAGACACGGUAUCCAAGCUUCUGCGAGGAGACUAUGAUGACGUCAUCGGGAGUUAUCAGAUCAUAGACUGUCGGUAUCCCUAUGAGUACAAGGGGGGCCACGUUAAGGGCGCUGUAAAUUUGUACAAAGAAAUGGACGCAGAGACCAUUCUUAACUUCAAGGAACGCCAAGAGGAGAGCGAAGGAAAGAGACACAUACUGAUCUUCUACUGCGAGUUCUCCUCCGAAAGAGGCCCUAAAAUGUAUAGAAACGUGAGAAAAGCCGACAGAGCCCGGAAUCAAGACAACUAUCCCAGACUCAACUAUCCGGAAAUGUACCUCAUUCACAACGGAUACAAGUGCUUCUUCGAGACACAGAAGACUAUGUGCGAACCACAGAAAUACAAACCAAUGCUUCACAAGGAGCAUGCGCAGGAUCUACGUCACUUCCGUGCCAAAUCAAAGUCCUUUACUGUUGGAGAGAAAAGGAAGAAAGCUAGUCGUCUCUCGUUUUGAAAUAUUUGUUUACCAGAUGUUGAUGUUUUCUAGAGUCUAUUUAUUGGA